UUCUCUGACGGCUGACUGACGCAAGGUGUGCCAGGUUCGUCCUAUCAGCUCCUUCGCGUCCUCGCGGCGACUCCUCUUCGGGGAGGGUGCCUGGGAAGGCGCCACAGACAUGCUCGCGUCACUAAAAAACACAGUCUCCUGGCGGCCUCGCUGGGCCCCAGGGCCGUCAAAAACGACAGGACAGCCAGCCAAGGCAUCGCAUGCCUGGGGCGCGCCCCGUCGCGCGGGCGACGAGGAGGAGGAAGAGUAAAGAGUGGGAAUACGCAGCGUAUUUGUUCUGGAGGAAGAGAAUGUGCUAGCCUUUGCACGGCAAACUCGCAAGGCCGCGGACAGCUCACGCUGCCGGGGACCCCACGGCCUCAGAAGGGGAACAAGCUUGCGUGGGCAGCGGGAGCGGCUCGCGCUGCCGGACAGCUGCCCAACGAGCUCAAACAUGAGAGAGAUCGACUCGACUCAUGACGAGCAAUGGGCAGUGCAUGAUUGCUCGCCUCGUUCUAAAAAAAUAGAGGAUCCGACGGCGAGCAGCGGGCAGUACAUACCGGCACGCCUCGUAACGAGCAGUGCCCUCGACCCCAGAUGCCGACGGGCCUGGACCCGCAAAAAUGACGGCCGCGGCGCCCUCUCGCGAAGCGAACACGGCCAAUUCGCUAAUCGACGUGUCAGGGUAGGAAGCCUAUCAACCUCCGACAGAUGCUGUUCUUUCGGGCCGUGCUGGGCCGGGCCGAUGCGCUCGCCCCGUAUGACCUUGCGGCACGGGCACGGCGGCCCGGCUGAGCCUGCAGCGGUGGCAUAUAAGCAGUGCACGGCCCCUGCUGCCCGGGUGACCUCUGGCGCCCCGAAAAAAAAAAGAGUCCUGGCCCGCGCGGAUGGAGGAGGACGAAGAGGAGCAGAGGAGGAGGAGGAGGAGCGAGGAGGAGCGAGGAGGAGCGAGGAGGACGCUGCCGGACACAAACAAACUGCAGCAAAUAUGCACAACGGCAGUCUCCUCGUAGGUGGCCAUGCCGAGCACGAACACUCCGUCCAGCCGAGCGGCCUCUCCUGUUCCCAUCGCUGAAUCCGAUCGGCCGCCAUCUGGCCCGUAUCUAGAUCGGCAAUCUUGAAGGAGAAGAGCGCUCGCCGCCGAGCUGAAGCAACGGCUGGCGCAGGCUGUGGGCAGCUUGCGCUGCAGCGCCGCGGCGGCCCCAGAAGGAGAAGGAGAGCAGAAGGUGCAGCGCACACCACCAGAGGGGCAGCCUAGGCGGACGCCACGAUAUAUCCCAACGGGGAAGAGGAGCAGCAGGCCUGCGAGCAGGGCGAGGCGGGGGAGGAUCGGCGGUGCGCGCCCACAGCAGCAGGAGUGGUGGCGAACUCCAGCUGCACGAGUGCACGGGGCUCAGGCUCAUGUCAGAGAGGAGAACAGGGGGGAGAAAGAGAGGUAGAGUGAGCGGGGAGGAGCGCGUGAGACAGUGCACACGCCAAUCUUCUGCGAACUAGUAAAGCAACCUUGGAGCAGUGCACACGCCCAUCUGCGACGCCAAUAUGCUGUGAACUGCUAGUCGGAUGCGUGAGCAAGUCAAGGGUCGAGGGUGUGCACGUCAAAGCUGUCUCGACUCAACUAAAAAUCAUAUAAUGCUCAAGCAAGAUUCCGCGCUAACGUAUCCAAUAUGCUCGCAUAUGUGUCAAGGUCAAGAGAUAAAUCCUGAGGCCAGGCCAAACAUUCAAGGAAGAGAUUGGCGACACCGCGCCUCUACUGCACCCACGCGGCUGCUUCGGCGUUGCUGUGCAUCCUGUCAGGGCGACACGGCCAAACCGAGAAACUGCACACUAGAAGGCGAGAGAGGGGGCGGGGAGGAAAUGCAAUGGAAGGUGCGUUCUUCGAGGUAGAGGAGGGAAGAGGGAGAGGUGAAGAGAUCGGCUCAGACGGCGAAGGAAGCUUCAGAACCGAACGACGCCAAGACGCGGCGAUAGCUCACCUGGGCUUGCCGUGACCUCACCCCGGUUGCGCUUGCUAGUCAUCCUCUGGCGCCUCCUGCGCUGCGCCAGGGAUUCAUGCCCAGGCUCCUGCGCGAUCCUCUCUUUCCUCCUCUGUUGCUUUUUCCUAGCCGUCUUCUCGAGCUCCUCGGGGAUCGCUUCACGAUCUCCUGGGGGGGCUCCAAGGAAUGUCGCCAAGGCUGGAGCUGACUUGGAGCGAUGAAGCAGCUCCUGCCGCCAGCGCCUCUCGUUGUCGUCCACCACAUGGAUCACCGUCGCCUUGACCACGAUGUGCCAACGCGGCUCCGGCUGCCACACAUCUGGCUUGUGAACGGCGGCAGGGCAACCGCACGAGUCGCCAACCAUCAGGAAAGCGAUACCCUCAGGUGCGAGCAGAAGCUUCCCAAGCAAGUUAGAUCUCGAGCCAGAAAUGGCUUGAGCCAAAAUGGCUACGGAUGGGAGCCUCUGGGGCCGUCUUGG